UGCGGAGAGAGAGAGAAAAAAAAAGGAGGGGAGAUAUCGCCAAAGCGAGAGCCGACUGUUGAAUUAUAAAUAAUUAUAAGAAAACAGUGAGCACCAGCGGAUGGAGACACAAGCUACCCUAAAUGAAAUUAAAAAGCAACGACGUUCUUGCUGACUGUAGACGAAAUUAGCUAGGACGAAGCACAGGUAAAUCCGAAGAAAAGGAAAAAAAGCGGCCUAUUUUUGUUCUGGGAUCUAGACAAGCCACCACUACAGCUUGGGGCCGCUGGAAACAACAAUAAAAUAAAUGUCAUGCUGCCAGUGUUGUUAUUUGUCUUCAAACACGAGGAAGAGGAACUCUGAAUCAUACGCGCAAUUGCUUGCCGGAGUUAAGUCCUACUGCCGAACGAGAAGCGGCCUGUUUUGUUUUUGCAACUACACCGCCACGAGAAACAGCGGCAGACAAUAAACAAAUGUGUGCUUUAUUAAUUCUCUGAAUGCAUUGGACCGGAGCGGGGGCAAGGGGCAGGAAAACGCUAGUUUUUACCCCAGAAACAACCCCUGAUAUCAAAGAGGAUCGAGAUAGUGAAAAAGAAUCGGAACUGUGUGGUGUUGAUAUAACCAUGUACGACUACAGCUAGUAAUGGGAAGCCAGCUUUGAGACCUGCAACAGAGCGCCGCCAACGUUUUGUUGUUGAAUAAUAAUACUGUAAUGGAAGAUAAGUGAAUCGCUUUCAGGAAAUAAAGCAUUUGGGAUUCUUUUUUUUUUUUCUAGUGAAUUUUAUACAAGAGAAAAUCGUACUGGUUAGAUAAAUCGAUUGGUGGAAAGUAUCGUUUUAAUUGAUGAUGUUUACUUGGGCGUAUUUCGUGCCGUGGAAGAGAGGAAAGCGCUAAGCAGCAAUGGUGCUGCGCUUGUUCUUUUACUAUUAACUUUUGAAUGCAGACUUUGUGAGUGCAUUGCCAGCCAGUAUAUAAAUAAGCCCACAUUCUCCCUUCAAGAGGAGCCUGUACAACCUAUUCCAGAUGUGUGCAGCAGUUUAUUAUAACAUGAAUUCAUGUUCAACGUAAGACCAUGCUUACCCUGCUUGGAAACUAGGGUUGGACUACCGUACCCUGCCCGGUCUACCCCAUUUUAAUCGCUGUUCAAAAAAUAAUAAUAAUCUAGUAGAAACGGUCGGAUCUGUUGUGUGUUGUUUUUAUUAUUCCUACAACUGGAUACAUCCGGCCUGAAGUUGCUGAGAUGAACCCGGUGAAUGCCACCGCUCUUUAUGUGUCAGCUUGUCGUUCGGUGCUGCAGUGCGAUCCGAGGGACCCCCAGUCCUUCACGGAGCUUUACAAGCUCUUACCAUUCUUCAGGCAGUCUCUUUCAUGCCUUGUUUGUGGGAACUUACUACAAGAUCCAAUAGCUCCAACCAACUCCACCUGUCAGCACUAUGUGUGCAAAGCCUGUAAGGGUAAGAAAAUGAUGAUGAAACCCUCUUGCAGCUGGUGUAAGGACUAUGAACAAUUCGAAGACAACAAGCAACUUUGUAUUUUAGUGGACUGCUACCGGAAGCUCUGUGAGUAUAUUGCUGAGUCACCAUUAGCCCAGCAAAUAGCCAGUGCUGUUGGAGGCUCCCCAGAUAUUUUGGCUAUGUUGAAAGAGGGACUGUUGUUAAAUGAAGACGAGCAGGGAGAUUCUCAAGUGUCUGUUUCUCAAAGUUUAUCACAUUCCCCGGUACCUUCGACCUCUGAGAACCAUAGCAGCUCGCAGUUGGAAGCAUCAUCAGAGCUCCAUGAACAAGCAGCAGACACAGACAGAUGCCGGUCUCGCAUAAAUGGAUUGCAUGACUGUAAUGGGCUGUCAAUGGAUGAGUUGGCAGCCAGCCUCCCUUCACCAGAAAAUGCUGCCAAUUCCAUUGAUGUAUGCAGCACUGGGAACAACCUCAAAAGCGAGGGCUUUCCUGAUGAGCUGCCGACAGUCUGCACUGAGGGUAUUGACAUCUGCGGCUUCAGCGAGGACAUGAAACACAGCAACGACCCUCUUUUGCUGAGCGUUGAGGAGGUGCUCAGAAGCUUGGAGCCGGACCCUGUUACUGAGGACUGCAGUGAGGCCUUGCAGUCUAGCUUGGAGACAACAGGCUCACUGAAUGGACCUUUCUCUGAUCCCAAGUUGCCCUCCCUCCCUCUGGACACUGAGGUCUUUGUUUCCUGUCACCCUUUGACCUCCUCUGGGAUGUCCUGUUCGGCAGCCACUCCCAAAGCAGCAAGGAUGAAUCGCAAGCGAUCACGAUCAGAGAGCGAUAGCGAGAAGAUCCAGCCCCUGCCCAUCUCCAGCAUUAUCCAGGCCCCCCAGUUGGCGGCUGCAGUUCCUGCGCCAGUUAAGCGGGAGCCCAAGGUCCCGGCCACUGUGCCAAAUGGGGGCACGGUCAAGGUGAGUAAAACACUGCUGGUGUCCAACAAGAGCAUCAAGAAGAAUCCUGACCACGGAGCAAAGAAAGCCUACUCAAAGGCCAAACAAGGGGUCCCUAAGACCAAGGACAAAACGAAAGAACGUCUUCUCGGCAAUAACUUGAUGCCGGGCAGUCCCAACAAAGUUGUGUACAAAAAACCACAGGAAAAGAAAGGCUGUAAAUGUGGCCGGGCCACCCAAAAUCCAAGUGUUCUUACGUGUCGUGGCCAACGGUGCCCAUGUUACUCUAACCGCAAAGCCUGCUUGGACUGCAUCUGCCGGGGUUGCCAGAACUCAUACAUGGCCAAUGGCGAGAAAAAGCUGGAGGCUUUUGCUGUGCCAGAAAAGGCUUUGGAGCAGACCAGGCUCACACUGGGCAUCAACGUUACAAGCAUUGCCGUACGGAAUGCAAGCACAAGCACAAACGUCAUCAGUGUCACAGCCGGUUCUCCUGUCGCCACGUUCCUAGCUGCCAGCCCUCACGAGGACAAAAACUUUGAUGAGACUCUAGACAUGAGGUUUGACUGCUGAGCUCUGUUGAUAUUCUCCUUUAUUCACCAGUUUUUAUGGGGAGGAGUGGAAGACGAGUCACUACAUUAUUAAGGCAGCUAUGGUUCUGUUCCAGUUCAGUUUUAAAAAUUGCCAAAGUUCCUGCCUAUAAAUCCCUUGUAUGACGUGUUCUGUUUUUCAUACGCUGCAGUUUGGAAUUAGGAGAGUAGUCUUACUGUAAGUUUAAUGCUACUACAAGUGAUUUAUACUUCAUGUUCUUUGGCAAGAGAAACUUGACCUCAUUGUUGCUGGUCAUGCUCUGUGCAUAAUCAAAAAAGGUUCAGGUAAAAACAAAUGGCACCUGCAAUGUUAGUGGCACGAUAGGUUGUGUUCAUAACCUUUUUAUAUACAAAAUACCAGUAAUUCCAUAACAAAAAAUAAAUUGAUAUUUUUUCUUAAAAGUAGCAUUUGCAAUAUACCAUCUUACUAAGAACAGUCUAUUUGACAACAACAGGAUACCGUUUCAACAGAUGCAAGGUGGUGAAAUGCAGUAUGUACAGUUUGUCUAAAUUAUGUUCUUGUCCUGUUUGUAAUAGUUUCUGCUGUCUCAAACAAAAGUGUGUCAGUUUUUUUUGUUGCCUUUAAAAAAAAACAAAAAAAAAAAAAAAAAAAAAAAAAAACACAUACCUGUAACAUUAACCCCCUUACAGUCACUCCCCUUUUUGGUUGAGUUAUGAAUUGGGAAAUGAGCAGUGUCUUAAAUGCUAUAUUGUGCAGACACAGAUAUAGUCCUUAACCCUUAUGUAGGUAAGUGUGCAUCUGCCUAAUCUGCACUUCAUGCCUGCAAGGAUCCUGUUUUUAAGCACUUAACUUGAAGGUCAAAUAGCUGCAUUACCUACUUUGUAGAUCAUAGCAAUAUUUGUUUAAUAUCUUAAAUAUUACCUUCAAGUAUACAUGAGAUGCACCAUUUUGCUAACUUGAACAAAACACAUCUUAUCAUUAUGCUUAAUUAUACAACAUCAACAGAAAGACCACCUUUCAUUACAUCUGUGUUUGGGGUUUGUGUUGCAUUGCAUGGAGAAUAUUGAUUAACAUGCAAAGGUUCCAGACAACUUUUCCAGGAAAGCGUUGGGGUUCGGUUUGGUUAACAAUUGUCCAUGUCCAAAACCCGGCAAUUAAUUUCUGCAUGCAGAAUUAAUGAAAUGUUAGUAAACUGUUCCACUCUCAACAUACCCACAAAUUGAAGGCACUGAGGUAGUUUGCAUGCAACUUUUGAAUUCUGUACAAAAUCAAAUAAAAAAGCAUAGGUGGUCUUUUUAUUAUCAAGACAAAUUGCAAUUUUUUGUUAAUUUAAAAUGUACCACUUUUAAGUAAACUUAGUGGCAUUUGUAUCCCAGAAUUUUUCAUUCCCUGUGUAAUGUAUCCUUCCAUGAAGGAUUUAAUUUAUUUUCUGUGAACUGCAGCCUAACAAUUUUCGAUACCUUUUUGAUUUAGCGCACAGCAUGCACAAUGACAGUUAUUCACCUAGUGUACAGAUAAAAAUGUGCAGGUAUUCUCUCUGACAGAUCCAGUUUCACCCUAUGUUUUAUAGUUUUACCAGAUGUCAUUUCCUGUGAAUGUGGGCAGGUAGUGUUUUUGAAGCCAUAGGAGAAAACAAAAUGUGAUUCAUGUCCAGACUGUACUAUUUUUUUUUUUUUGUUGUUGUUUUGAUUUGCAAGAAGAGUUGAAAAAAUAUUUUUGAUAAUGAGAGUAAAUGGUGGAAAAUG